CCGUCAUGGAUACAUUUCGCAUAGCAAUUGGAAAAUGCUCGUGGCAUGGGGACAACGCCACGGGACGCCAAACUUGCAUUGCCAACAUGUCGACGAAACAAGCAGGUCCUUCGAUGGCGCCCCCUCCGAAGAAGCAUCCGGGGGUGGCAGUCGUCGCGGGUGCCAUUGCCGGCGGUCUCGAGAUGUGCUCGAUCUGGCCCAUGGAGCUCAUCAAGACGAACCUUCAACUUGGCACGAUGAAAAGGCAUUACACGAGCGUGCUGCCCGGCUUUCGGUAUCACAUUCAAACGGGCGGCGCCUUGUCACUCUACCGCGGCCUCGCGCCAGUCUUCAUCGCGUCGCUCCCCAAGGCUGGCCUGCGUUUCGGCGCGUUCGACUCGAUCAAGCAGUGGCUGGCCGACGAUCAAGGCAAGUCGACGCCGCUUCGCAACAUGGCGGCGGGGAUGUCUGCCGGCGCGAUCGAAGCCAUUUUGAUCACUACGCCCACGGAAACCAUCAAGACCAAGUUGAUUGAUGCCAAUACUGGCGUGUUGUACGGCGUCCAGACGAUUCUGCAGAGGGAGGGCGUCCGCGGGCUGUACCAAGGGCUCACGGCCACCGUCAUGAAGCAGGCCACCAACACGGGGCUUCGGUUUUUAUGGUUCAGUGAAUACAAAGCCCGUGUGCCUGGACUGUUGGCGCAACGGGGCAUCGACCACAACGCUCUAACAUCCACCGAGUCAGCAAUCGUGAGCUUUGUCGGCGGCAUGACGGCAGGCAUCUUUAGCACAUUUGGCAACAAUCGUACGUUCCGCGCGCAUGUCUGGCACGUCGCUCAUCGGCUUCCUGUACAGCCUUUGACGUGGUCAAGACCCAGAUGCAAGGACUGCAAGGCACACGCUAUGUCAACACGUUGGAUUGUGCCAUGACCAUCCUCAAGCGUGACGGCAUUGCGGGGUUCUAUGCCGGUGUCGUGCCACGGUUGGGACGAGUAGUCCCUGGGCAAGGCAUCAUCUUUAUGUCGUACGAUACGAUCUCGACGCACGUCGCGUCGUUCCUCGACGACAACGCUACCAAUGUGAACGUCAACAUGGGCAACGUGAAGUCCAAAGCAUGAGACAGCAGCGCCGCCGCGUGCUGGACUACUUAGUCCAGCACGGGCCAUGAGCAGAGCAAUAACGUAGACGUCGUGGUCGUGGUGUCCAUGGGCGGUGCGUCGGCCUUCUCCAUGUUGUGUCUGUCGGAACGGAUCGAACUGGACCAAUCGCCGUCGAGAGAUUCUUCGUCGCUGAUUGGCUGCUAAAAUCCAUAACGUGACUUGAUUGGCCGAAA